AUGUCAGAUGCGGACGCUGAGCGAAAAGCAAAGGCGGAAAGAGCUAAGAAGCUGCUCGCUCAAAGACAAAAGAAGAAAAAGGCGGAAGCUGCAGGAACAUCACCUGCUCCCACACCUUCGUCACCAGCUUCCACUUUAGCCGACGCUCCUAAUCUACCUUCUGCCAGAACCAGCCUGAGCCUGGACGAUUCAGUUCGAGCAGAAGUAGCUGCUGAAACGAAAGAAGAACCUGUAGUACCUGACGUAGUUCCGUUACAAGCUGAGCCUAAGGUGGAGGGACCAAAAGAUCAAGAAGUUUCGAAGAUACCAGAGGACGAAGUCGAGCCCCAACAGGAUGAAAAGAGCAAAAAGAAGAAGAAGAAGGGGAAGAAAGCUAAAGAACAGGAAGAUGAUGGUGAGGAGAAGAUAGAAGAAGGAGAUGCCUUUACUAAAGUGAAAGACGAUGCCGAUAACAUUGAUCCUAAGCCAGUCAAAGUCUCACAAGAAAAGCAACAGUCCUCGCCGGAAGUUGCCGUGCCUCCUUCACCGAAACCUGUUGGCACUUCUCCCCCUUUACCAGCCGAGGCACCUUCCGAUAACACCUCUAAAUUACAAGAAACCGUAUCACUCCUCAUUUUCGAAAGAUCAGAUCUCCAAAAUCAGAUAGCUGAUCUUCAAUCUCAGUUGUCCACUGCCAAGGGAGAUUCACAGCUCUUGGUUGAGGGAAGAACGUUAAUAUCUCGCUUGGAGCAGGAUAAAGUGGAGUUAGAGACAAAACUUGGAGAAUCAGAAAAGGAAGCUGGUAAAUCUGCAGAGUUGGAACGAGAAGCCGAAAGAAUACGGAAGGAUUUGGACAAUGUAGAGUCUGAGAGAGAUGUACUGCAGAGUGAUAAAGAGAGGCUGGAACGAGAAUUACGGGAUGUGAGUGAAAAGGAGAAAGAACGUAUAGCGGAACUGGAAAAAGCUUUGGAGAGAGAGAGGACCAGAGAGAGUGGGCUAGAAACUGAAAUUGGGAGAUUAAGACAAAGUAAUACAGAACUUUCGACGUCCCUUGAAAAGAUCACUACGGAUUUAGAAUCGUCAAAAGAGUCAUCCUCAUUAUCCAGCAAAGAGUUAUCAGAUUUACAAUCAGCCCAUUCGGCAUUACAGAAAUCUCACGAACAUCUGACCACCGAACACACGACAUUACGUUCUACUCACGACGAACUGGCUUCGACUCAUAAUGAGCUGAAAUCCACAUAUGAAUCUUCAUCUUCGACCGUAAAAUCCCUUGAAACAUCGGUGACAUCACUCAAAACGGAAUUAGAAUCGGCAAAAGGAAAACUUGGUUCCAUCACAAAACGAGCUGAUACUGCUGAGAAGAGACGAACGGCAUUACAAAGCGAGAAUGAUGAAUUGGUGAAGCAAUUGGAAGAAGUAAGGGGAAAAGUAGUGGAAGCUAUGGAGGAAAAGGCUACCAUGGCGUCUGCGGUGGAAAGUUGGGAAACUAAAUCUAAGCAAUGGGAGAAGGCUCGAUUGGAGUUGGAAUCUGAGGUUGAGGUGGGUAAAACUUUACGAUCUCAAAUAACUUCUUUGGCAGAGGAGAAUAGAUCGAAAGACGAGACUAUAACUCAAUUACGAACCAUUGAAAAGAAACUACCUCAGCUCGAAAAAGAGAAUGAAGAUGUCAAGAACAUUUUAGGGGAAAGGGACCAAACAAUCGCAAAAAAUCAGUUGUCCAUUACGGAGAAAGAAGCUAUUAUAUCCCAGAGGGAAUCUACCAUCUCAACGCAAGAAUCGGAACUCUCGUCAUUACGUUCAGAGUUGGAAACCCUCCGAUCGCAAUCUUCUACACAACCCUCUGUCCACUCCACUCAACCUGAACGUACCCAAGAUGACACGAGUGCUGAUCGAGCAUUGGAGAUCUCAUCGUUGACAUCUCAAAUACGCGAACUCGAAUCAUCGUUACAUACAUCGAACACACGUAUACACAGUCUAUCAAAGCAACUUACAGAUUUGACUUUAUCCCAUAAUCAAAUACAAAAAGAGAGGGAUGAGUUGGUCGGCUCAUUCAGUCCUUCCGGAUCAAGAGGUCCAAGUACGAAAAGUUAUUUCUUAUCUCCAAAGGAUGAAUAUCCCUCUUCGCCAGGUGUAAGAAGAAUACCAAGUGGUAAUGGUGGAAAUUCAGCUGUGGAUGCAAUCUUACCACCUAGUGUAAGGCAUAAAAGACAAGUCUCAUUAAAUGCGUUGAAAGCGAGGAUGGAGUUUACGAAACCGUUGUCAAGUCCAAACAAACUUUCAAGUCUUCACGAGGAUGAAGAGAGACCUGGUACAUUAUCGACAGACUCGAAUGGGUGGACCAAGACUAGAAAACAGUUUGGCGAUGAAAUCAUGUUUUGCUGCCCUGCGUGUGAGGGGGAUCUGAUCACGUUAUAG